CUCUCUCUCUCUUUCUUUCUUUCUUUUUCAUUACCUUUCCCUUCAAUGUCACUCGGACGUAAUACUGUGCUCUUACUAUCACUAGUUUUGGUUGCAAAGAUAGUUUCAUACUCAUGGCAGAACUCUCAUGUCGGUCUACACUCUUCAUUAUCAAAGCGUGACACAACAGAGCUGCCCAUUGCUCGAGAGUGUGAUCAAAUUCAACUUCAGGAAGACCAAUGCGCCUAUGCAAUCGAGCACUGCAUAGGAAUUACCCCCGGAUUGAUUAACUACAUUCCAUUGUACUACUGUGCUUCUGCAGCAGUGAAGCCUAUUGUAUUCAUAUCACUGUGUGCUUGGCUAUUGUUUCUCUUUGGAUUUGUCGGAAUUGCUGCUUCUGAUUUUUUCUGUCCAAACUUGCAGACAAUUGCAUCGGUUAUGAACCUGUCAGAGAGUUUGACUGGUGUCACUUUUUUGGCUUUGGGAAAUGGAAGUCCCGAUCUGUUCUCUACAUUUAGUGCAAUGAAAUCGAAUAUGGGAUCUUUGGCACUUGGUGAACUGAUAGGUGCUGCCUCAUUUAUCGUCAGUGUCAUUGCAGGAUCCAUGUGCGCAAUCAAGCCAUUCCGUGCAAAACGACUCAGUUUCCUUCGAGAUGUCUCAUUUUUUACUAUUGCUAUCAUCUUGGUCAUGAGCAUUGUGGCAGAUGGUCUUAUCCACCUUUACGAAGCAGUGAUACUAAUAGUAUUUUACGUUGUUUAUGUGCUUGUGGUUGUUGGAGGAAAUUAUUAUAUGAAGCGGAGAUCUACGUAUAUGAACCUUAUCCAGCGAGCAAGACUUGAAUAUGAAGAGACAGGAGCAGAAGUGGAUAAUUUGUUACGUGGAAACACAUGGGAUGAACCAGAAGCCUCUGAGGAUGAAAUGGAACUUUAUGAUGAGGGAUUUGAAACGGAAGGUUUCCAUAGUGAUUAUAAUGGUCAUCGUAAUGCAACCCACCCCAAACUUCGGAUCCGUACCUCUUUGUUUUCUGCUAUUGAGAGUGCCAAUGCAAGAUACUACAAUAUCCAUGGACGUAACCGACACAGUAGACAAGUAUCAGCACAGACAGCAGAGAAUGCAUCAAACAGCGUGCCUCUUUCAACUCGCUCCCAGGCUCCAGACAGUAACCACCCCAACGAUGCCGAGUCUGAUACCAUUUCUGUAAACACAACUUCGGCCCAGUCUAUACUCCAGUCGUUACCGAGUCGGUUUAAGAAGAUUCGGUUGUUAAUGCCAGAAAAAGUACUGGGUGUGGAUUUCCAUGAUGUCGGAUUUCAUCUUUUUCCUUCACUGCAAAACUUUGAGCAAAAGUCGAUAUUUAACAAAGCAAGCUCGAUUGUGUCAGCACCUGUCAUAUUCUUACUCGCUAUUACACUUCCGGUUGUAAGAGAAAGUUUGGUCAAACAAAGUGGUACUGGAAGUGGUAGUGGUGGUGGUGGUGUAGUGUUAGAUGAGGAUGCCAUGACAAUGCUCGAAGAUAUCGGCGAAGAAGAUCAGGAUCCGAUGGAGAUGAAUGAUUUACAUGAAAGCACAUCAAAGUGGAGCCAGUGGCUUACUGCCACCCAGCUGAUCUGUGCGCCAAUGUUUGUGGCCAUUGUGUUUGCAGUAAACAAGGUUGUUCACCCAGCAAUAAUUCUUCCUAUUGGGGCAGGAAUAGGUGUUGGUACUUCAAUCCUCUUCAGAUUAACGACAAACUCGGUACGCCAACCGAGACUCUAUUGGAUGAUGUGUUUUAUUGGAUUCGGUAUUGCUGUGGUCUGGAUCUUUGUGAUUGCAAACGAGGUUGUUAGUGUUCUACAGACCAUCGGAAUGGCUGUAGGUGUAAGUGAUGCUAUCUUGGGUCUCACUGUUUUUGCUCUGGGAAAUAGUUUGGGUGACUUUGUAGCCAAUAUAACCAUGGCCAAACUUGGUUAUCCUAUGAUGGCAAUGAGCGCUUGCUUUGGUGGUCCUAUGUUGAAUAUUAUGCUUGGAGUCGGUAUUGGGGCUACAUAUGUUACUUCAAAACAUGGAGUACCGUAUGCAAUAGAAGUGUCUUCGACCAUUCUUGUAUCUGCGAUAGGACUCUUGGUGGUUUUGAUAUCUUCUCUUAUACUGGUGCCAUUGAAUGGAUAUCGGAUGUCUCGAAUCUUUGGCUAUUCAUGGAUAGGAAUCUAUUUGAUCUGCACCAUCAUCAAUUUGAUUCUUGAGAUCCGUGGAUAAGAAAAACAAAAGCAGAAAUUGUCUGCACUACACUACACUACACUACACUACCAACCACUGUUAUUAUUACUAUUAUUUUUAUUACUAUUAUUGUUAUUAUUCUCACAUUGUAUGUAUGUAUGUAUUUAUUUAUUUAUUGUUAGUAUCAUUGAUGUUGAAUGUCAAGGUAUAAUAUGAUCUUUUUUUUUUAUUUAUAAAUACAAAAUGGAAAAUG